UCUCCGGCCCCCGCGUGCCCAUGCCCCGCUUCCCUGGCCCCUCUCUCCCCCCGCGGCUCGCCCUCCCCGCCUCGUUCCUAUAAGGAGGCGCUGCUCUCCCCUGCAGCUCCUCCACACAGCCUUCGACGCCUCCUAGCCUUCCUCCCCUCGCCGGUCAAGAAACUGUGCCACAAGUGCUACUCCUCGGUUCACCUCGUCCGAGAUUGCCGUGACCCCGUGCGGUGUCGUGACUGCGGUCGUUCCGGCCACAUCAGCUCGCAAUGCUCUCCGACGUGCUCUCCCGCUCCCCCUCCGCCCGGUCCCGCUCCAUUUCCCCCGUCCGCUCCCCUCCCCGUGAGCACUGGAUGACUCGAUACUUCAGGGAGGUCGAGGCCGAGCGCACCGUGCCCUUCUCCUCGCGCCCCCCGACUCCGUUCCCCAGCGGCGCUCCCUCCUCCUCCGGCGCAAGCUCCCCCGACUCUCCGAUGGAGCCGACGGCUGCCGGGGGACCCAACCCUGCGGCCAGCAGCUCCGCUGGCGACCAUGAGCCGGCUGAGCGUCGCCGCCCGGAGUACGCCGAGUGCUUCAUGCCCUUGGCGGACAUGACGCACUCCCGCUGCUUCGCCUAUGCCCUCAUCGACCCUCCGUUGCCAAGCCCGGCGGACCUCCUGCGUCGGGCGUUUGAGCUACGUGCCGGCAACCCUCCGAUGCGCCUGGCGCCGUCCCACUACGGCGCCAUGAUGGUGAUCUUCUCCUCGGAGCCCGCUCGAGAGUUCGCCAUGCGCGAGUUCUUCCCGCUCCCCUUCGACGGCCACGUCAUCCUCCUCGAGCGGCCAGAGAACGGCGAGAACCGCUUCGGCUGGGAGUAUACGUGCUUCGCGCAACUCUCGGCCACCGGCUUCCCCCUCGAGCAUUGGCAUGAGGCCGGCAUCCGCAACGCCUUCCGCUCCAUCGGCAACGUCUGCUGCAUCGACCCCCUCUGCCUCAACGAGCUGGACUUCUCCGCGGUCCGCCUCGUCAUCCGCCUGGAGCACGAGGACGACGUCCCGCAUGCGCUGCUUCUCCGCAACUACGACGGCGACCUCUCUACGGACGUGUCCAUCCGCCGGGUCUGCUCCUGGACCGUGGCUGAGGAUGGCUCCUCCGUCUCCUCCCACCACUUCGAGCCGUCCGGUGGCUCGCCUCCACCCUCCCCGCGCGUGCGUCGCUCCUCGGCUAUGGACGACAUCGACACCGAGAGCCUCCGCGGGUUCGGGUCCCUCUCGCUUGAGGCGGCCCCCUUUGCUCCCGCGCCCCCGGCCGGCGCUUCGGGUGGCCAGGACAGCCCCGCCCUGGCUCGCCUUCGGUGCGAGAUCGGCCGUCGCCUCUCGUGCCUUCUGACGGAGCCCUUCCCCACCCGCUGGUGCUCCCUCCUCCCGCCGGCCACACCCCUCGUCCUAGAGGGCGAGACCGAGCCCGAGGCUGCGUCUGACUCCUCCCUCUCCUCUGGGGGGGUCUACGCCGCGGCUGAUGCAGAGGCUCCGCUCCUGGCGCCUUCCGACCUCCGCAACAACGAACACGAGCACGCCGCGUGCAAGCGCCGCGGCCUCCGCAAACGCGCCGUCGACUCCGAGUUCGUGGAGGGGCGUCGCAGCCUGCGCCUUGCCGGGAAGGAGCCGGCCGCCUACGUGAAGAUGCUUGAGCGGGCCAAAGCGGUGAAGGCGGCGCGGUUCGAUUCCUCCAAGGGCUCUCCGCGUCUCCGUGCUGCUAUCAGGGCUGCGGGCAUCGAUGAGGACGAUGGCGUCGUUCCUCCCAUGCCUCUUCGUCUGCUUCAGGAGCUGGGUGCUCCAUGCGGUGUGGACCUUGAGGCUCUUGCAACCGGGGCCCGCACUGAGGUGGCUGCCCGCGCCCCAUGAUCUGCAUGCAACUCCCCGGGGCCCCUACUCUCCAUCGACGUUUCUCUCCUGCUGGGCCCCCUGCAUGUGUCUUUCCUCCCCUGCUUCCUUUUAGUUCCACAGGCUUGCCGUGCUCCCGUCCGUGGAUCCCGACGUGGGGUUGUCGAAGCGCGUUAUCCUCUCUUCUUUUUUCUUUUCCCCCUGUGGGGUAUGUAGUGGCCUUAGGCCCACCUGUUAUUUCA